UUGAUUUUUGUAUUUUAUAACUCCAAGAACUUUCGCGGCUACGAGACGGGUAUAAAAGCGAAACGGAACUCAACAAACUAAAGGAAACAAAAAAAGAACGAAUCAGUUUCACUUCUUCACUUUGGCGCUACUCUCUCUCUCUUUCUUUUCCCUCUAACAACCAAACUUCAACUUCGGACUAUCGCCUUCACACUUUCCCGCCAUUUUCAUCCACAAGAAGAUUUCGUACAAUCUCCAUUAUGAUGCAGGAAUCAUUUCCACCGUCGGAUGACGACGGUGCUGGUGGUAUCGGCUUCUUAUCGUACUGAGAACGAUCUCUUUCGAAGCGGAAUCUCAAGCAGCAUCAGGAACAAGGCAAUGUGUCCUCAGAUCGUCCUGUUACGCGUUCUCGAUCAAACCUCGGCCGGUCUCAUAGUCGCCACUGGUUCGCGUUCAGUUGGAGAUCGUUCUUCAUUUUCGCUGGUUUUGCUUUGCGAGCUAUUCGUUGUUACGUUUUACCUGGAGAGUUUGAUGACUUCGGUAUUCUUGAAAAGGAGUGAGAAAGCUUGGUCAUGCGAUGCAGAGUUGAAGCUUGGAAUGAUGCUUAAGUUCGCUCCUCAGAGGAUUCCUCGGAAGUUUAUUGAAGGUAAUGAAGUUGAUCGGUUGCACUCAGAGAAUCGUUUUGAUUUUCGGAAACCUACGCUUGCUCUGUUUUGAAGGCAUCAUCGUUGAUUCUUUUGGAAGGGAAGGAGGAGGCUAUUACAAGUCUCCGAGAGCACUGAGGUUGAAAUCAGAUGAUGUCAAUGCUCCCCAGCGGCUUCCUCUUUCGAAAAACAGAUUCUAUCAGGACAUUCUUUGUGAGAUUGGAGGAAUGUUUGCUAUAGCAAAUAAGAUUGAUACAAUUCACAGAAGACCUUGGAUUGGUUUCCAACCUUGGCAAGCUGAUGGUAGGAAGGUAAAUCCAGCUAACAUUGUUUCAAGCUUAGUUGCAUUACUUGAUGAUGAAUCUCCAUAACAUUUUUGGAGGUUGAGGCUUUAGACACGGAAUACUUUUACCCCAUUUUCAUAACAGCCGUCCAUUCUAUUAGGUCUGGCACUCAAAGAUUUCGAGAUAUAUAAUACAUAUAUAUAUAUAUAUAUAUAUAUCAUCCUCUGUAAGAAAUCUUAGGAUUUGUUAAACCACUGGCUCAGUUGUAAACUUGUAAUGAACAGGUUUUAAGC